AACUGAAAUCAAAAUUGCAGCAUCGAGGGAAAGAAGAGAAUCUUCUGCUCGACCGACUGCUUCUCCUUGCUCAUUUUUCAUUUUUCAGUCCAAGCAGUUUGUUAAAUUAGGUCUCUAGUAAAAUAUAUAAAGUAGAAGAGAGAGAGAGAGAGAGAGAGAGAGAGAGAGAUUGAGAAUGCAAAUAUCGGGCGUAUUACCAGACGUAUUGGCCUGUAGCUGCUGGUCGCCGCCGGAAGGGAAGCCUUACUGCUCCUUCUUCGACGCCAAGUGCUUCUUCUUUCCUGGAUUUUCUAAAAAUUGGUCAUCUCGAAAUCCAAAGUUAGAGGUUGGGCUGGACAAGUUGAGAACAAGAAGUUUUACAGUGAGAGCUUCGGGAAAUUCAGACGGUGAUUUGGUCGAGGAGAAUAAAAAUCCUGUGCAGAUGGAAUCGCCGGUUGGUCAGCUUUUGGCUCAAAUUCUGCAAACUCAUCCACAUUUACUUUUGGCAACUGCCGAGCAGCAGCUUGAGAAUCUCCAGAGCGAGAGGGAAGCUAAAGAUGAUUCUUCUAAAGAUCUCCUCCUCUAUAAGAGAAUAGGUGAAGUGAAAGAGAAAGAAAGAAGGAAAAUAUUGGAGGAGAUCCUAUAUUGCUUGAUUGUGCAAAGAUUUGUUGAAAACAAUAUAUCACUGAUCCCAAAAAUAAUGGCAACUUCAGAUCCUGCUAUAAGGGUGGACUCUUGGCCAAACCAAGAAGAGAAGUUGGAAUCUGUGCAUUCAGCAGAGGCAUUUGAGAUGAUAUUGAGCCAUUUAGCUCUUGUACUUGGGGAGAGGGUUGUCGGGCCCCCGGAUACAAUUAUACAGAUGAGUAAAAUCAAACUUGGCAAGCUUUAUGCUGCUUCAGUUAUGUAUGGCUAUUUUCUCAGACGAGUUGAUGAAAGGUAUCAACUCGAAAGAUCUAUGAACACACUUCCUGAAGGUUUUGGUGAAUUUGAAGAUCGGGUGAGAUUUGAAGAGCCCACACCAGAUAAGCAGCAGUGGGACCCAGAUUCUUUGAUACGGAUCUAUCCAAAUGAAGAUGGUGAAUAUGGAGCAAGUACAGUUGAAGAUUCUUCUACCAAUGAAGAUAAAUCAUACAAAUUGAGAUCAUAUGUUAUGUAUUUGGAUGCAGAAACACUUCAGAGAUAUGCAACCAUAAGAUCUAAAGAAGCAAUAUCUUUGAUUGAAAAACAGACACAGGCAUUAUUUGGAAGGCCCGAUAUUAAGGUUACUGAAGAUGGCUCACUUGAUGCAUCUAAUGAUGAAAUCGUUUCUCUUACUUUUUCCGGACUUACAAUGCUGGUUUUGGAGGCUGUUGCUUUUGGAUCUUUUCUAUGGGAUAAUGAAAAUUUUGUCGAGUCCAAGUAUCCUUUUAUUAACAGCUGAAUCUACCUACGUAUGCACGUGCUAUUUUAUUUCCCAUGCUAGUAUGCUUUUCUUUACGCUUUGUAAAUUUUUUUGUAUUUUUCAGAAUCUUGUUGUGUGUGCCAUUCGACUGUGGUUUGAUCUUUAUUACGGAUCCCACAUAAUUUAAUGACCGUGUUCAGCUAGGGACGAAAAACUAGUCAUGCGUUGAUUAUGAUUUUUUGUUGAUUAAUUUUUUUA